AUGGCGGCUUCGUCCAACGUUGCAAGAUACAACACACCUUGUGCUGCCUGCAAGUUUUUGAGGAGAAAGUGCAUGCCCGAUUGCAUCUUCGCUCCUUACUUCCCACCAGAAGAACCCUCAAAAUUCACCCAUGUCCACAAAAUCUUCGGGGCAAGCAACGUGUCAAAGCUCUUGCACGAGGUCCUCCCUCAUCAAAGAGAAGACACCGUGAGUUCUCUGGCCUACGAAGCAGAGGCACGCGUGAGGGAUCCUGUUUAUGGCUGCGUUGGUGCCAUUUCAUUUCUGCAAUUGCAAGUUGAGCGGCUUCAGAAGGAACUCGAUGCGGCUAAUGCAGAAUUGGCUUAUUAUGCUUGCGCAUGUUAUAAUAAUUAUCAUCCGAAUAUCUGGAGUACUGUUGCAUUGCCAAGGAAUGCCUCGGUGCCGAUUCAUCCGAUGAGCAAUUGUGCUCAGAUGAGGCCUGUUGAGGCGAUUAAUACAAGAGGAGCAGGAGUUGGUACUUAUUCAUUUCGAGGGAAUGGCAAAAAUGUUUCUGGCCAAGGAGGAGCUGCGGGACAAGGACCAUGA